AUGCUCCCUCCUGCAUCCAAUCCAUUAAAGCGAUGGCCAACGGUGCACAUCACUACACCGUUGACCGCAUCGGACCUUCCCUCGUCUACGAUGGCAGAGGCCAUAGUAUUUGUGCACGGCCUACGCGGCCAUCCCCGGCGCACAUGGGAGUAUAGAGCGGGUGCUCGCAGCGCGGAUAGAAACUCGAGGUUAUCUGUGUUGAAAUUCUGGUCGAAAUCACCACCCUCCUCACACAGCGCGAGCGCGAGCGCGCCUGCUGUUAGCAAAAGCCGAGGCGCGACAGGGGUCUUCUGGCCGGCGGAUCUGCUCCCAUUUGUGGUUCCAAACGCGAGGAUCUUCACGUACGGUUAUGAUGCCGAUGUUAUCGGGGGGAUUUUCAACAGGGCCAGCCCGAAUAGUAUCUUGCGUCAUGGAAAUGAUCUCAUGGUGAGAUUGGAGCGGGUGAUGGAUAAGAAACCGAUUAUAUUUGUCGCGCAUAACUUAGGUGGUCUGGUUGUGAAAGUGGCCAUCCAAAGAUGCAAAACGAGUCCCAAUCCCAAACAUCAGUCCCUUUACCGGCGCUUCGACACGGUCGUAUUCUGUGGCACACCACAUCGAGAAAGCGAAGCAGCUUCAUGGGGACGAUUAGCCCAUAACCUGGUUGCCGUUGCAUUGAAGGAUUUGAAUCCGAACCUGCUUAGAGAUCUGGAAGUCGAUUCGCAGAUGCUUGAAAUCAUCCAUAAUGACUUCAGGAAAAUUCUCCACGCGGGGAGAAUCCGCGUACACACAUUCCAGGAAGCGCAAGGGCUAACAGUAGUCCCGGGGCUCAAUGGGAAGGUCGUGGACAACUUGUCCUCUCGCAUCGACUAUAAACUCGAAACGGUGGAGACGAUAAACGCCAACCAUCGCGAUAUGGUGCGAUUCAAGAACGAGCGAAAUCCCGGCUUCCGAGCAUUAUCCGGAGCAGUGAAGAGCUAUGUCUUGACAAUAAAUGAGCGUAAAUACGCCGAAUGUAUCCGCAAAGGCAACGGGUACUUCAAACGACGCAUCCUCUUUUCAUUCAUCCAAGACCGACAAAAGGCCCUCCGCUACUUCAUCCAAGCAUGUGACUUACUCAACCCUAACGACUUCGACCGACAGACAUACGUCUACUCGAAGUUGAUGUUUGUCGAGAUCGAAAUCAGCUACUACCGGCCUUUCCCGCGACCGAAGCAGGCUCAGCAUUUGCACCAAGCGCACGGUUACGGGCUACAAGCGCUUGAAAAGGCACAACUGUUGAAGGAUAUCACCAAGGUCGCUGAAAUUAAGCUUAUGCUGGCGUGUGUGAAAGCCCGCGAGGUGAAGCUGGAUUACAUUAUGGAUGUUGAUGAUCGGAUCUUGUCGAGAAAGCGAGAGCUGAUCAUGAAGGAGAUCAAGGUCGCGAUGAGUAAUGUGCGGGCGAUGGAUCCGUCGAAUAUAAAUGAGUUCGAGCAGUGGGGGAGGCGGGCGUAUAUGUCUUUACAGAAGUUGAAUCUGGGUAGUCUUAACGAGUGUGAUGGUACGCGAGAUGUAGCAUGGUGAUAAUG